UACAGAACUGUCACCGGCCAUGAUCUUUGAUUCUUGCGAAAGAGAUGGGUGUCGGGGGAUGACAUUCCCCGCACAAUGGAGACUGCAAGUCUGAAACGACCAAUUCUAGCAAUCAAGCACAAAUUGCUAGGUACACAGUAGAAGAGUACCUAUCCACGACUAAUCCAUGGCUAUAGGUGAUUGAUUCGAUUAGCUGGCGCUUAGCCUGUCACAAACAAAUAGCCAGGUGAUCCACAAAAUGAUCCUUGGAUCAGACAACGUCGGAUAUCUCGCCCCAAUGAGAGUACGGCAUGAUGAUGGCUGUCUUGAUCCUGACGAAUCCACGGGCAGUGGCUUCUGGCGGCGGAUCCAUUACUUGAAGUGUUCGCUCCUCUGUGCAAGCCACUGCUGCACAGGGCGUCACCUCUGGUGUUAUGCCGUCGGAACCCCUCCGCCUGCCGGCCUUCUGGAACAGGCAGAAAUUGUCACCCUAUGCCGAAUCAGGUCGGUACGCGACAAUGCUGAAUGCAGAUUGUUUGUGAAAGACCCGAGGUCAACAGCGGACAGCCACUUCUCGACCAGAUCGGCGUUCUGCAGGCCGAUUCAUUCUUGUCCGAGCACUCUUGCCAGAGCCCUAUUUUUCGUCCUGCGAUGGACGAGCUCAUCGCCAUCCGCACCCCUUCGACCAGCUACCAGAGUUCACCGCGCGGCUUGGUGAGUCAAAGUGUCAAACAUCAUUUGAUCCGUCGCAGAGUUUAGAAGGCACCGUCCAAACAAACCUCUAUCUGGACCUCGGUAACUCUCCCAUCGAUAGAUAGCUCGACUGCUCGCGAUAGUUCCUACCCAACGGAGAUGCCCCACCGCCGGACCUGGACUAAUCAGGGACGAA